AGGGUGGAAACAGUCGCGCGCGCGCACCUGAAGCGACUUCUACCUUCGCUUAUUUUCCCAAGAAGCUUGUUUUAUAUUAAAGCAGACAUGAUUUUACCUUUUUAUUUUCUUUUUGUGGUGAUCCACCUGACUUCAUCCUUGAAUGUGGACAUCCCACAACCAACUUAUGAGUUUGCUCGGGGUGACACCGGUGUUAUACCAUGCAACUUUCAACCUCAGAAUCCAAACAGCCAGUCGAUCAUCAUCACCUGGAGUGCACAUCCAGAUAAUCCUGCUGAUAGCAAUAUUGAUAUUGAAACAUGUUACUACAAUGCUGCUGGAGGUGGAUCUGUUCAAGAGGACGUUAGUGACGAAUAUACUGGCCGAGCUUCAGUUCAGGCCAACAUUCCUCAAGGACAAGCGCCCUUGACCCUCAAGUCUCUAACAUCUCAGGAUAGUAGAGUGUAUCAGUGUGAUGUUAAAAUUCCUGGUGAUAAAAAAGGGAAGCUCUCGGAUACCACAACAGUAGUGGUUUUGGUGGCACCUUCCAAACCCAUCUGCGCCGUUCAGGGCACAGCAGAGUACUACCAGAACAUCAACCUGACCUGUCGCUCAGACGAAGGCACGCCAGCACCGACAUACAAAUGGCAAAGCUUCGAUGUCAGUAAUAAUUCCCGACCGAAUCCUCCCAAAUCCACAGACGUGAAUGGAGUUUUGUCACUUUAUAAUAUUUCCCAGGACACCAGUGGUUAUUAUGUUUGCACGUCUGCUAAUAAAAUCCGUAGUGCGACCUGUAAUCUGACUUUGUCUGUCAUGCCACCCUCCAUGAAAAUUGGAUCCACAGCAGGAAUAAUUGGAGGCUGUGCGGCUGUUCUCCUUCUCCUGAUUGUCGUGAUCUGCUGCUGUUAUUGCCGGAAAAAGAAAAAGUCUGAGGAGUACGAAGAGGGACCUGAGGAGGGUGGGUACACAGAUAAAGGGCAGCACGAGCUUGAUGAACUCAAAGAAAAACGUGUUGAGAGCCAACCUCGUGAUGAAGUCCGGCGAGAGGAGCCGCAGGGCCGAGCAGAUAACCGUCAGUAUGAAUCAGAUAACUAUGAUGAGCGCCGAAGCGAACGCUAUGACGACAGGCGUAGUGAUCGUUAUGAUGACCGGAGGUCUGACCGCUACGACGAUCGUCGGAGUGACUACGAUGAUAGACGAAAUGAUCGCUACGACGACCGCCGGAGUGACUACGAUGAUAGACGAAAUGAUCGCUACGACGACCGCCGGAGUGACUACGACGAUAGACGAAAUGAUCGCUACGACGACCGCCGGAGUGACCGCUACGAUGACCGCCGGAGUGACUAUGAUGAUCGGCGGAGUGAUCGCUAUGACGACCGCUAUGAUGACCGCCGAGACCGUUAUGACCAUCCUGAUGAUCGCUAUGACGACCGCAGUAGAACUCCUGUUCCUGCACUUAAGCCACCUGUUCCUGCUCUUAAGCCACCUAGAAGCUAGACAGUCUGCAGGAAAAUUUUUUAAUAUGAUUUUAAAAUUUUGGAUUUAUUAAUUUACAGUUUUGUUUUUUGUUUUUCUUUUUUGUAAGGACACAUAAACGGAGUUCUGACGUUGUUCAGUUAAUAUUCAAGCCUUUAAUUGUCUGGUAAUAAUAUUAAAUGAUAAAUGAGCUUUGUGUAUUUUACAUAGGACUUUUGGGUUAUGGCUAAAUAUUGUGGAAUCUGCAAAAGAUUUUACUAUGUUACUGUGGGACUAAAUACCAGAUUGUAUGAUGAUAAUGCACUGUUACAGAAAAGCUUCAUUGGGUGGUCCAAACCAAGGUUUAAAGCCUUCCUCUGUGUUCUAACUGCACACUUACGAUAGCUUUCCUGGAAUACCAUUGUUUUUGGGACCCCCCAAAAAAUGCUUGAUAUUAUUAUUAUAUACUGCAUUUCCCUCAGAUACAAAAAAAAACAAAUGCUUUUUGUAUUUCUUUUAAUUGUUUUAAUGCUAUAAUAUUGUAAUGCAACAUUAUUCCUUCUUUUUUUUUAAAUAAAGGUGUAUUCAUUAGAAA